CUGAGGGUGGGACAUAGAAGCUUGCUUUUUGGCGUCAGUUGCGCGCGGGAUUUGAAGCCUCGGCACGGCCGUUAUCCCGGGCGGCGGCGCUCGCAGAUCGGUUGCUGGUUCCCGUUGUUUUGCUGCCAUGGAGCUGCCCUCGCUGCAGCAACUGGAGUCGCUCAAAUACAGCGAGCUGCAGCAGCUGGCCAAAGCCGCCGGCCUCCGGGCCAACCUGAAGGCAGAUAAACUGCUGAAAGCGCUGAAGUGUCACUUUCAUGAGCCAAAACAAGAAAAUGGAAGUAAGGACUUUGGAAGGAGCAUUUCCUCCUCUACAGACACAGAGGACCUCAGCAGUCCAGAGACGGUCAAACCUAUUCCAGUGUCCUUUAUCACAAAAAGACGUAGGAAAGGCAGGAAGGUUGAGACUGAAAAGAUGGCCUCAAAGGAGGAAAUUAAUACUAAUGAAGAAGAUAUGGAAAUUCCUGCUGAAAAAGAGGAUGGAGACCGCAAGAGCCUGAAAGAAUGCCAAAAUGAGGAACCCCUAGAUAAGAACCAAGCACCUGACAACCUAGCAAUGCAUCACAUGCAAAGGGAGAAGAUGGUUUCUGCUAAAAGAAAUGGAGUUCAAAACGACGCUCCCCGAAUCCUUCCUCAAACUGGGAAAAUCCCUCAGUAUGUAGAGAAUCUGUCUAAAACUGGAAAAACACGAAUAAAACCUAUUACACCAAAUUUCAAGAAACUACAUGAAGCUCACUUCAAGAAAAUGGAGUCAAUUGAUGCCUACAUUGAAAGGAAAAACAAACUAAUUGAAAAUGUCAGCAACUCUAUCAAUGAGGUCAAGAUGUUGGCUAAAAAAGCUAACCAUCCAAAGACAUGUGAGAGAGGAACUCCACACAGCAAUUUUAAGAAACGCUCUACUGGCAGUGCAUUUUUAUUCAGUCCACAUCUCCAAAGAGGAAGAUUCUCUAAUAGCGGUACCCCAGGCAACCCACGGUGCUCUCCGCGCAUCUCAGUAGGCACUGUAAAUCGGAGUAUUUUGUCUCGGAAGUCUUCAUUCAAUCCCUCCAUUCUCUCAACAACCAAAAUGAAUGUCAGAUUCUCAGAAGCUACAAAAGAUAAUGAACACAAACGCUCCCUUACCAAGACUCCAUCUAGAAAGUCACCAUUCUUGGAGAUCUGUACACCUGAUAUCCAGAAAAGUGGCAAACUUACAACUAGAAAGAGCAUGAAGGGAAGUACCACAAGCAAUGAGCUGACUAAACCAAAGACCAGCCCUAAUGCUGUUACACCAUUCAAGUUUGCAGCUCAGCCUGCAGAACCCACAAGUACCAAGAAGCCAACAUUUGAUCUGAAAGCAAGUCUGUCAAGGCCACUUGGAUAUCAGCCACACAGAGGAAGACUGAAACCUUGGGGUGACACAAAAGAAAACACUGUCCUGAAUAAAUCAAUUAAUAAUAGCGUCUCUUCACACACAAAAGAUUACAAACAGCCACGUCUCCAGACCAGAGAAGGGAGGCGUGAGAAGCAUAAGCAGGAGAGAAAGCAGAAAAAGGCUCAGAUGCUUGGAACCCGCAGAGGACUACCUAUGGCUUAGGAGUAACUUUGUAACUUCUUAAGGAUUCAUUGUAAAUACUGUUCUCCGGGAAAUGUCUUUCCUACCUGUGUAAAUAUUUGUUUGUAAUGUGUGCACUAAAGAAUGAGUCAUCUGGGUUGACUGGAUGUUACUAGCCAUUUAGGGCAGAGUUUUAGUGCUGUUGAGCUUAACUUGUGGGUUUCUUGGUUACAAGUUGGAUAAAAUAUUGAUACUCUCUUGUAUAUUCUAAAUAGAGCCCAGAAUAUCUGAAAUCACUUAGUUAUUCAUCCAGUUAGGUUUUAGACUGGUUGGUAUUCUUGGUUGUAAAUUUCGAACAAAAGCUUCCUCCUAAAUUGGGAGAUUCCCUAAAACCAUUAGACUGAAAAGAUACUAAAGGGGGGAUGGGAGAUAAUCAUGAAGCUAUUUUCACAUUGUCACUUAUCAGUUGAGCAUAGCUUUCUAGAUGCUAAAUAACUUGAAAAUGUUCCAUUAUCAAAAAAUGUAGUCUCUGUCUUAUGUGUAGCAGCAAUUGUUAGAGAGAUUUCCUGUAAAGUCCUUUGUGAAGUAAACUAUAAUCUGUAGGAGAGGGAAAACCAUGUUAUAAAGGUUUUAGAGCCCUAAGUAUCCCGUUAGAAUAAAGUUGGGGGGGGAGUAGAAAUUUAAUACAAACCUUGUAGGUUGCUAACCAGAUGCAUGAAGAGCAGCCCAGGUUUUUUUUCUGUAUUACCACAUAUUACAGGAUCUUAAAUUUGGCAAAACAGAACAAUCGUUGUUUUGACGUUCUAUUAGUAAGCCAAUAUCUUUUGAGGAUUGAUGUACUUAGAAUAGAUUUAGAAAACCUGUAGCAGUAAUAACAGCAUUUUCCCCAAAGGUUAUCUAUAAAGGAAAAUCUUUUUAAUCAUUUAAAUAUGGAAUAGACUGGAAGCUUGCGGAGAAUGGGAAAGAGGGAGGAUGCACUGCAGUUGCUAUUUCAUUAUAGCUGUUUGGACUGAUAAGCAAAUAUUUACAAAGUAAUAGGUUCACUGUUGCAUUUAGGCUUAAACUUUCCUGUGACACUUGCUGAACCAUUCCAUUCAGAAAUAGAAAAGCUUUUUUUAUAUAAAAUUGUAUACUAUGUGAGAAAAUAAACGGCUUUUGUAUUGAA